UUCUAAUUACAAUUCGUCUACCUCUUUUGUAAAGUCAAAAUGAUCUCUCUCAAAAACAAUUGCAUUUUUCUCUGCUUGGUUUUGCUAUUGCCUACGCUUUGCUACAGCGGAAAUUAUGUUUCCAGAGCUGCCUAUUACAGUACCCCAGAUGGCAUGGGGAUACCAACCGGAGCGUGUGGUUAUGGAGAAAAUGGCAAAGAUGUCAACAAUGGGGAGGUUUGUGCAGCCUCCAAACGGCUUUACAAAAAUGGAGCUGGAUGUGGAGCUUGCUACCAGGUAAGGUGCAAGGACAAGGGAUUGUGCAGUGACGAGGGAACAAAAGUAGUGGUGACUGAUACUGGAGAAGGACAUGGAACAGACUUCAUUCUCAGCUACCGAGCCUAUGCUAAAUUGGCGAAGCAGCCUAAUAUGGCUCAGCAUUUGUUUGCUAAAGGAGUGGUUGAAGUAGAAUAUCGUAGAGUUUCUUGCAAAUAUGGAAAUCUCAUGCUUAAAAUCCAUGAACAUAGCAAGUACCCUCACUACCUUGCUAUAGUUGUUAUGAAUCAAGGUGGUGCUACUGACAUUCUUGCUGUCGAAGUCUACGAGGAGGAAACAAAAGAAUGGAUAUCAAUGAGGAGGGCUUAUGGAGCAGUGUUCGACCUAUCGAGCCCACCAAGUGGAGAACUUAACGUGAGGUUCCUAACAAGUGCUGGUGCUGAAACCAAAUGGGUGCAGUCUGAUAAGGCUGUAAUUCCUGCUGAAUGGAAAGCUGGGGCUACUAUUGAGACCGAUAUUCAGCUCUCGUAGACAUGAAAAUAAUAAGAAUAUAGUACUAAGUAUUAUAGCAUAUUAUAAGUGGUAUUUGGUGAUGUCUCAGCUAUCGGUUGACAGAUAAAUUUAUAUAUAGAUUAGUUGCGUAUUAGGGAUCACCCUCCGUGCACAUGUACAGCAAGCUGCUUUAAUUAAAUACCGUCUUGAGUUAUCAUGGCUUAAUUAAGUUAUUGUACUUCGUUCGCUAAUAUAUAUG